AUGACCCGUCGCUGGCUACACGCUGCUCAUCUGAUGCUGAGCCCUGAUGCCACCCGUGCGAGCCAGUUUCCUCGUGACAUCGGCCGGUCGUCCCACCGGUCACCUUCUCGGCCGCCGUGAUAGGACUGGCGCUCGCAUCCGUUUCGCUCUCCCCGCGGCCGCCAAGCGGGCCCAGCACACCCCGUUCUUGGGACGCACCACUCACCGUAUUGCCCACGACCAGCCGUUGCGACUGCUCGCCAUCUGACCCUCCUCCGAUCCGGGAUCCUACUUAAAUAGGUCCCCAGCUUUCCCCAGGACAAGGUGCUGCCUGCGGGAGCCGGAUCGCACGCGGCCUCUUGCUUUCGCUCGCAUUCCUCCCUUCCAUCGUGCUUCAGCCAGGCUUGCCGUCAUGGCUUCCGCCGCAAGCACCGUCCUCAGAACGGUGACGAGGACGGUUUCGGCCUCGUCGACACCCAGCUCGACAACCCGCGCCACGCCGCAAGGCGGCAUCCUCGAACAUGGCAAUCCGUCCGUCUACGACGCGAAGAACCCGAUUGUCAUGUUCAUCAUCCAGGCGGGCAUCAUCAUCAUCUUCUGUCGCCUGCUGCACUAUCCGCUCAAGCACAUCCGCCAGCCUCGCGUCAUUGCCGAAGUCAUCGGAGGCAUCCUCCUGGGCCCUUCGGUCAUGGGCCGCAUUCCAAACUUCUCAAACACCAUCUUCCCGCAGUCUUCCAUACCCAACCUCAACCUGGUUGCCAAUCUCGGCCUGAUCAUGUUUCUGUUCCUCGUCGGCCUGGAGGUCGACCUGAGGUACCUCGUUCAGAACUGGAGGAUUGCCGCCAGCGUCGGUAUCGUUGGCAUGGGCCUCCCGUUCGGGCUGGGUGCUGCCAUUGCAAAGGGGCUGUACAAUCAGUUCAAGGAUGAGCCCGGCACCGUGCCCAUCAGCUUUGGCGUGUACAUGCUCUUCGUCGGCGUCGCCAUGGCCAUCACCGCCUUCCCGGUCCUUUGCCGGAUUCUAGUCGAGUUGAAAUUGCUCAACACGCCGGUCGGUAUCAUCACAUUGUCGGCUGGUGUUGGAAACGAUGUCGUCGGUUGGAUCCUGCUUGCCCUCUGCGUUGCGCUUGUGAACUCGGGUGCAGGCGUGACUGCGGUGUAUGUUUUGCUGACUUGCCUUGGCUGGAUUCUAUUCAUGGUUUUCGCCGUUCGACCCGCCUUUAUCUGGCUCUUGCGCAAGACUCACAGCAUAGAGAAUGGACCCUCUCAGGGAAUCAUAGCUCUGACAUUGCUGAUCAUGCUUGCGUCUGCAUUCUUCACGCAGGUCAUUGGAGUCCACGCUAUUUUCGGUGCCUUCUUGGCCGGCAUCAUCUGCCCUCAUGAAGGUGCAUUUGCUAUCAGAGUGGCGGAGAAGAUUGAAGAUCUGGUCGGUGCGAUCUUCCUGCCUCUCUACUUUGCGCUCUCCGGCCUUAGCACCAACCUUGGCCUGCUCAAUGACGGCACUGUCUGGGGCUAUGUCAUUGCUAUCGUUGUCGUCGCCUUCUCAACAAAGUUUCUGGGCGCGGCCAUCGCUGCUCGUCUCAACGGGCUGGUGUGGAGAGAGAGCUUCACCAUUGGCGCUCUGAUGAGCUGCAAGGGUCUUGUGGAACUUAUCGUCCUUAACAUUGGCCUGCAAGCAAAGAUUCUCAGCCAGAGGACCUUCACGAUGUUCGUGGUUAUGGCGCUGGUCACCACCUUUGCCACCACGCCCCUAACAGCCGCUCUCUAUCCUCCAUGGUACCAGAAGAAACUCGCCGCUUGGAAGCGCGGAGAGAUCGACUGGGACACUGGUAGGCCAUUGUCUGAGGACGACAACAGCGCGGGCGACAGUUUGGCGUAUGAGAAGAUGGAAAAGAACAAGAUUCACAAGAUGCUCGUGUAUCUCCGCCUGGACAGCAUGCCACCUCUCAUGGCGUUCAUGACCACUCUUGGUGGAAACACGCCCGCGGCUGCGCCGAAGCUGCAUCCCAAACAUGCUAAGAGCCAGGUCGGUGAGAGAUCUAACGAAAGCUCCGCCGCACUCGUUAAACCGAUUGAAGCCUACGGCGUUCGAUUGCUCGAGCUCUCCGAUCGAGACUCGUCGGUCAUGCAGGUAUCUGAGAUGGAAGCAUUCGACCAUCUCGACCCUCUUGUCAACACGUUCCGCACCGUCGGUACCAUGCACAACUUCGCCGUCGCUGGCGAAGUUGCCAUUCUUCCCGACCGACGAUUCGCAGACGCCCUUGUCACCAAGGCCCAAAGCGUCAAUGCGGACUUUAUGCUGAUUCCUUGGACCGAGACGGGAAGCAUGAACGAGGCACAACCCAUCUCGUCGGAGAAUCUAAAGAACAAGCUUGAGUCAUCAAACUACAUCAGCUUCGUGCAGGAGGCGCUUGACCAAGCAACUUGCAACACGGCCGUCUUCGUGAACAGGGACUUCGGCGGCACCGCCUCACACAGAGCAGGCCGGCCGGGCAUCUAUCGGACAAAGUCCGUGCAGAGCAUCAGUUCCGCCAAGUACGACGACGUCCUCGCUCCGAUCAAGGAUCGCUCGCACCACAUCUUCUGCCCGUUUUUCGGCGGCGCAGACGACCGCUACGCGCUGCGCCUGGUGCUCCAGCUGGCAGAAAACCCCGAGGUCACGGCGAGCAUCGUCUUCUUCGAGACGGACGAGAGCUACUUCCACGUCGACCCCUCCGUCGAGGCGAUGGCGUCCAUGACCUCGAGUCGCAGCCUAGGCAACAAGGCCGACGCCUCUGCGGCGCGCACCCGCUCGCCGCCCGGCGAGCACGACGCCACCUUCUUCCUAAGCCUCAAGAACAGCAUCCCCGCCACGCUGGCUGGCCGCGUCGUCUUCGACACGGUCCGCACGGGAUCGGCGCCUCUGAAGGCAGCCCUGGCCCGCGCCGCCGAGGAGGUCGGCCAGAGCCCCCGCAACGCGGGAGACCUCGUCGUCUGCGGCCGCAACGCCUCGCAUCUCGACUCGUUCGCGAAGGAGACCGCCAGGGACGCAGGCGAUGCCAAGAAGUGCCUCGGCGCCGUCGGCAUCGAGCUCGCCAACUCCGCGUUCAAGUCGAGCGUCAUCGUCGUGCAAGCAAGCGCGAACGGCACGGACUGAAUCACUGCAAGGGGCGUAUCGACUCAAGGGAAAAUAAAAAAGCCCCGGUUUUGCGGCCUGGCAAGAAAGAGAUCGUAGAUUUGCUACCCCUACCCCCGCUCCCCCCAACCCUCCUUAGCAUAUACAACGCCAUUCCAAUCUCCAUCGGUUACGGCAGGAAGAGGAGGGAGGAGGAGGGUUGGCGGCGUAUAUGCCGUCCCGCUGAUGGGCUAGUACCCAGACGUAAUGAAGCGAACGUCUCCCUUUUUUUUGGCGCAGACGAGAGAAGAGCAUAAGAUCCGCCUCUAGGUUUUUUUUUUCUUUCUCAUCUUGACGAAGAAUAGACGAAUCGAAUUUGCGAUGAUAAAUCUCUGCAUCAACAUGGUACGCUUUCCUUCCACCACUCUCCCUCUCCUCUCUCCUCUCCCUUUCUCCCUCCCUCCCUCUCUCUCUCUCUCUCUCUCUCUCUCUCUCUUUCUCAAAGGGUAUUGGUAUGCUAUUAAUGUCCAUGUCCUCAAUGCUACAGGGUAUCAUU